AUGAGGAUAACACCAGCCAACAGCGGCGGCGACUCAGCAUCAGGGACGACCCCCGACUCCAAAACGUCCCCACUAGUAUUCAUUUCAGUCUAUUGCUCCUCGCACCAGCUCUUGGCCUUUUGGCACUCCUUGCAAUAUUUAUUGUCCAAUAUGAAGUGGAGAGGUGUUCGAGGCCGGAAGUCAUGCUCGCUUCCGCAUUCAUCACCGGCGGUAACUACUCGGCCGCGGACGGCGGCGGGGUCCUGCAGCUUGCCCUCGACGUGGCAUUCCCCUGCGAGGAGGUCACCGCCAGACUCCACUAAGAUGCCUUCAAGGCCUCAGUCCUGCGCAAUGAAGUGGCCGCCGACCAACAGUACCAGAUUGCCGUCGGUCGCUUGCCGCCGUUUUAUGCAAACCGCCACUCCAUGUUAA